GGUGGAUCUGGUGGCAGGGCCUUUGGGGGAAGCUCCGGUGCUAGUGCUGGUGGAGGCAGGUGGGCUUCUGGGGGCGGCAUCGGCAUGGCGUGCAAUGCCGGCGGGUCCUCCUGGGGCUCUGGGGCCGGAUGGGGCGCUGGUGGCGGAGGUUCAUUCGGAGGCUUCAGCAGCUUUGAGAGUGGGGAAGGUGGGAUUCUUACCGGUGACGAGAAACAAACCAUGCAAAACCUCAACGAUCGCUUGGCGACGUAUAUGGGCAACGUGCAAGCCCUAGAGGAGGCAAACAGUGAACUGGAGAAGAAAAUUGAAGAAUGGCUUGAGAGGGCGAGAGCAGGGCCCAGAGGUGGCGACCAGCGUGAUUACAGUAAAUAUUAUGCAACCAUCGAUGACCUUCGUAAACAGAUAAUUACUACAACUACAGACAAUGGAACACUCCUUCUGCAAGUUGACAAUGCUCGGUUAGCUGCUGCUGACUUCAAACUGAAGUAUGACAAUGAAAUGGCCCUUCGCCAGAGUGUUGAAGUGGACACCAAUGGCCUACGGAAGGUCCUGGAUGAAAUUACCAUGACAACCAGUGAUCUUCAAAUGCAGAUUGAAAGUUUGACUGAAGAGCUGGAGUAUAUGAAGAAGAAUCACGAGGAGGAGAUGAACUUCGAGACUGACACCACGGGUGGCGGCAUUGAUGUGCAAAUGAACGCUGCUCCUGGAGUCGACCUGACUGCACUUCUCAAUAAGAUGAGAGCUGAAUAUGAGGCCCUUGCUGAGGAGAACCGACAAGAUAUUGAGGCCUGGUUCAACAAACAGAGUCAAGAACUAAAUAAACAGAUCAGCAGGAACGUCGAAGAGACCAGCACCAACAGGAAUGAGAUUACAGAACUGAGACGCAGCCUGCAAACCCUGGAAACUGAACUGCAAUCCCAGUUGUCUCUGAAACAAUCUCUUGAGGCCACCCUAGCUCAAACGGAAAGCCAGUACAAUGCCCAGCUUUCCCAGAUUCAAGGAGUGGUCAGCAACGUGGAAGGCCAAGUGCAGCAGAUCAGGGCGGACAUGGAGUGCCAGAAUAGAGAAUAUGAACAGCUUCUGGAUGUCAAGAUCCGUCUGGAGAAUGAGAUUGAGACUUACCACCAACUCCUGGAAGGGGGAGACAGGUAA